GCACCGACUCUCGCGCAGGCCUCGGGGCGGGGCCUCGGGGGGCGGGCCCUCGGGGCGGGGCUAGAUGCGCUGGGAAGGUCCGCUUUUCACUCUCGCAGCCGCCACGUCCUCUGGUGUACGAAAGUCAUGUUACCCAACACCGGGAAGCUAGCAGGAUGCACAGUUUUUAUCACAGGUGCCAGCCGUGGCAUUGGCAAAGCCAUUGCACUGAAAGCAGCAAAGGAUGGAGCAAAUAUUGUCAUUGCUGCGAAGACCACCCAUGCACAUCCAAAACUUCCAGGCACAAUCUAUACUGCUGCUGAAGAAAUUGAAGCAGUUGGAGGAAAGGCCUUGCCAUGUGUUGUUGAUGUGAGAGAUGAACAGCAGAUCAAUGAUGCAGUCGAUAAAGCAGUCAAGAAGUUUGGAGGAAUUGAUAUUUUGGUGAAUAAUGCCAGUGCUAUUAGCUUAACCAACACAUUGGAAACAUCUACAAAGAGAGUGGAUUUGAUGAUGAAUGUGAACACCAGAGGCACCUAUCUUACAUCUAAAGCAUGUAUUCCUUAUUUGAAAAAGAGUAAAGUUGCUCAUAUCCUUAAUCUCAGCCCACCACUGAACCUAAAUCCAGUGUGGUUCAAACAGCACUGUGCUUAUACCAUUGCUAAGUAUGGUAUGUCUAUGUGUGUGCUUGGAAUGGCAGAAGAAUUUAAAGGUGAAAUUGCAGUUAAUGCAUUGUGGCCUAAAACAGCCAUACACACUGCUGCUAUGGAUAUGCUGGGAGGAUCUGGUAUUGAAAGCCAAUGUAGAAAGGUUGAUAUUAUCGCAGAUGCCGCAUAUUCCAUUUUCAGAAAGCCAAAAAGUUUUACUGGCAACUUUAUUAUUGAUGAAAAUAUCUUAAAAGAAGAAGGAAUAAAAAAUUUUGACAUCUAUGCAGUUAAACCAGGCCAUCCUUUGAUACCAGAUUUCUUCUUAGAUGAAUACCCAGAACCAAUUACCAAGAAAAUGGAAUCACAGGGUGCUGUUCCAGAAGUCAAAGAAGAAAAGCUGCAGCCACAACCAAAACCACGUUCUGGAGCUGUGGAAGAAACAUUUAAAAUUGUUAAAGAAUCUCUCAGUGAUGAUGUUGUUAAAGCCACUCAAGCAGUCUAUCUAUUUGAACUCUCAGGUGAAGAUGGUGGCACAUGGUUUCUUGAUCUGAAAAGCAAGGGUGGGAAUGCUGGAUAUGGAGAGCCCUCUGAUCGGGCAGAUGUGGUGAUGAGCAUGUCUACGGAAGAUUUUGUAAAAAUGUUUUCAGGGAAACUAAAACCAACAAUGGCAUUCAUGUCAGGAAGAUUGAAGAUUAAAGGAAACAUGGCCCUAGCAAUCAAAUUGGAGAAGCUAAUGAAUCAGAUGAGCGCCAAACUGUGAAGGAAAAGAAAAUAAAAUAUGUCGACUGCUAUGCUCAAAAAGUAAAAAAGCUCAACAGUUAAAAUCUAACGUUUGUUUUCUUCCCCUUUGUAUUAUAAGGCUAUGCCUGUUUGUGCUAGAAAAAAUAGAAUUUCUGUAUCUGUAAGACUUGAAAUUGUAAUUAAAACAGUUGACUAACAAACAUAAGCUUCAUUAAAUGGAGUUCUAAGACA